GGCGCUGAGCGCAGUCCAGGAGUGGUGGAGACUAUGGCCACGCUGCGAAGGCUCCGAGAGGCGCCCCGGCACUUGCUAGUCUGCGAGAGAUCCAACUUCAGCCACCACAAGUCACGCCACCGGCAUCUAGUGGAGGCGCACUAUCACAAUUACCGGGUAUCAUUUCUCAUUCCUGAAUGUGAGAUACUACCCAAACAACUGAAAAGCCUGGUCAAGGAAACUGGACCCAAUUAUUGUGUGAAGAAUUUACCUCUUCAGGAAUUAAUUGCACAUGAAUUCAUUAACACUUUUGUAAGGAAAGGCUUGAAAUCACUGACUGGGGCUGUUCCUGAGCUGCUUCCACUGGCACUGUACCACUUGAGCCAAACCUCAAUGACUAGAGUGGCUUUGCACUGUGAUCCUUUGAACUGUGAUAGCAGUCUUUUGAGUUCCUGCUAUGCACUGAUGUUCAAUACAUAUAUUGAUGAAGAUAAUACUGUUGGUCUGCUACCCAAUGAAAUAACGAGCCUCAUAAUUUCGUGUCAACCUACUGCUGUUCCCAGCCAAGCACAGUGGUGGCCAGGACUUGCUUGUGUGCAAUCACUGGCCUCAUCCUUCCAGAGAAGAUCUGUGUACUGCUGGAACAACUGUGUCAUUACUUCAAUGAACCGAAGCUGCCCCGUGGGUUACCUUGUCAGUUCAAGGCUUUGCAGACAGCCCUGUUUCCUGGAGAGAGAAUGAACAUGAUUUUCAAAAAGGAGGUGAACAUAUGUACAACUUUGUGAUUUUUGAUAACCAGGACUGCUGGCUUCAGAUGGCUUUUGGGAUACUUGAUGACAGUCCUCCCAUGCAAUACAAAGUUAUUUAUAGUUA